CCAAUUCUUUCUCGAACGUUAACCCUAAAACACAGUCCACAGCUUGAAUUUCUCCUUCUAUGGCCGUUCCUUCUCUUCGCUCAAUUACCUGAUUCCAUUACUCCUCACCUUCAAUUGUGUUUUUUCCUUAGCUAGGAGCUGUGAGAAGGUCUUGGAAUUUCAGAAACACAAUGGUUCAUUUGUUUUUGUCAGAACCCACCUGGGAUGAUGUUGUGGAUACUGAUUCUGCCAAGAUGAGAAUCUCUCUCUUGAGUAAGUUGGAGUCUUUUAUCCAGUCAAUCUUGAUGACCAGAGGUCGGCCCGAGGCUCGACUAUGGCUUUGCAAUACCAUAGGUGGCAUGAUUUCUGUCUCCCGCUCCGAUCAAUGCGAGUUAUUCAUGACCUUACUGAGGUCUGAGCCGACAAAGUACGGCUUAGCAUCUCAGCUCCUGCAAAUGGUAUUUGACAAGAGGCCGCAGAAAGUAGGGUCCGUCAUAUCAAAGAAAAGUUACAUUCUUGAGAAAUUCUUUGAAGGUAAUCCUACGCGCAUAUCACAGUGGUUUUCUAGUUUUGCAGCUAGUGGUGGUGGUGGAAUGGAGCAUGGAAAAGGUGCUAAGGCAUUAACUCAAUUUGCUUUCAUAAAUCGGGAUAUAUGUUGGGAGGAACUGGAGUGGAAGGGAAAACAUGGCCAGUCACCUGCAGUGGUUGCUACGAAGCCCCAUUACUUUCUUGAUUUGGAUGUUCAACGAACUGUGGAGAAUUUUCUUGAAUAUGUGCCUGAAUUUUGGUCGUCUAAUGAGUUUGCCGAGUCGCUAAAAGAUGGUGAGAUUUUGUCCAUUGAUAGGAAAUUCUUUUUAGAAUACUUUAUUGAUAUGAUGUAUAAAGGAAAAGCAAGAGAUGUAUGGGAAGUCAUAACUGAGUUCCUCAAAGAGGAACCUUUCUCUUACGUGUGUCAACACCUACUUAUUACUCUUGAAGAGCGGGAGUUAUGUCAAUUCCUGGAAUUGCUUCGUGGAUUUCUUCACCCUAACGUAGAAUCUAAGCAUUUUAGUAACUCGUCCUUUUUCUUUGAGGUUAUACUUUCAAAGUACAGUGAUUGUGGGUCUUUCGAUCAGAUAUUACUGUUAGAUGCAGUUUUGACUAGAAAACAUGAGCUUCUACGACUCCUACGUGAUGAAGGCGGCGAGGAGGUAGAGGAACAAAUCAAAGAUAUUGUGUCCCAAAUUUAUGCUAUUCCAGAUCAUGACACUAGCUUGGCACCAAUUAUUAAAGGUUGCUUUAAACUGAAGACAGCAGAAUCAGUUAAAUGGCUGGGCCUUCAAUCAUGGGUUCUUUAUUACAAAAUUUUGGAUGGGUACCGGACUAUUGAGUCUUGGGAGUCAUUAUUCAUGAACAAUGCAAUUAGUUUCCGUAGGUCUAGUAUGUAUUCUUUACUUAAUCAUGAUGGUUUGUCAGAAGAAAGUGGUUCUGACUUGGAGCAUAGAGUUUCGAAGAAAGUUAAACACAGAAAAAGAAGUAGAAAGAAAAAGAAGAGGAAACUUGAUCGUGAACAUGGCAAUGAGUUUCUUGAUUUUGAUACUACAAAUGAGGGGCUUGGUCUGCAAUCUGAUGGCGGAAGUUGGAUGUUGUCUAUUGAUGGGUAUUGCACAUCAUGGAGCAGACCACCCCAAUCCAAUGGUCAUUUAUCAUUCUUUCCUUCAAGAGAAAAAACCAUAUUGCACUUUGUUAGGAUUCUGGACUCAAAAGAAGGAGUUUAA